UCUUAAAGAUUAGAUAUCUCGUAUAAUCUCCACAGUUGUUUGAAGAGAAGCUUAUUAGUUUUUUUUUUUUUUUUUAAUAAAAUAAAUCGAGUUUAGUAAAAUAUGUAAAACAGAAAUUAGUGAAAAGAAAACAGUAAUGUUUGUUUUUUUUAUAAAAUUGUUUUGCUGCUGUCGAAAGUAACAUUUACUGCAAACUAAUGCGAGUAAAGACUGUUACUUUUGAAAGCAAAUUUUAAUCCUAUGACUCAUAUUUUUCUUGUUCUUGUUAAAUUUCUUGUAUUUAUUUUUUAACAUCCAAGUGUUAAUUCAACACAAUGUGAUCAUGUUAUUUGAAUAUUUGUCUCAAGUUGAUAUUCGACAUUUCUAAAGUAUUAAAAUAACACAAUUUAUAGAUAAAUUAAAACACAAACUUGAAGAUUCUUAAAAAAAAUGAAUAAAAUGUACGUAUCAUAAAUAUUAAUUUUACUAAAGAAAUAUCUCUUUACGUUUAGUUUUCAAACCGUGUCGAAGAGUUGUACUCUUUUUGUGUUAACUUUUUGCAUAAUAAUUGCAUUAGUUUUCUUGCGACGUAUUCACAUUUGCAAAAUUAACACAAAAACCCGAGUUGGAACAUGGGAUAGGUAUAUGUAAAAUUCAACAUAAAUUUUCCGACUGUGUAUAUAAAUAAUUCACACAGACGUAAUCCUGAGAUCUACGGCGCAACCCCGAUCCCGAACUACUUGUCCGUCGAGUAUAGAGCCCUACCCAACCGACGAGCCCCGUGGAGGGGAUGCUCUAGGAAACGCUACCAUUAACACCGUCCAGAUCCCAGUCGUGUGCAGCCAGCGUGUGGCGACGCGUGGGCACCCGAGGCAUUUUUUUUUCUUCUUCUUCCUCUCAGCUCGCGGAGGACGAGCGGGCAUGGGUGGGGUCGCGAGAACGAAUCGCCGCCUCGCUUCUCUCCUCUCCGCGAGUUCGGUGCGAGCGACCGGCCUGGUACCACCACCGCCGUCGUCAUCGUCGUCGUGUCUCUCACGAGCAACACUGGCGCGAGGCUCGCGGCCGAGUAAUGGCCGUUCUGUGCGUGCGUCGCCGUCGUCGUCGGUCGCGCUGAGAGCACAUAUCUUAGGCUCGGGGACAUCUGGCGGGGACAGCUGCCAUGGAGAGGAAGGGGCUACGUAAGAAGGACAUACUGAGGAUGGACGGCCUCCUGCCGCCGACCCGGCGCCUGCCAGUUUGCGACGCGGUAUCCAGCGCGUCGGACAAGAAGAAGGACAGGAAGUGGUCCCUGGGUGGUAUUCUGCGGCGGAUAUCCUCGAUAAAGGACUACGACAGUUCGUCGAACGACGAGGAGAUCGUCUACUGCAAGAAGACACCGAGGAAGCCCACCACCAGGUUCAGGCAGCUGAAGGACGGUGUCGUCCUUCACUCGAUAGAGAACAACUCGGAGCACGUCGGCGGACGGCGGACGAGGGUCGAGGGUAACGUUCGCCACGCGACGACGAUGGACUCGCAUCAGCGGGACUCCCUGCAUUCGCGCAGCAGCGACGGCUCGCUGGACGGCCUGGCGGGAAAGCGGUCCCGCAGGAACAACAAGCUGAAGGCGCGGGCGGAGGCGAAGAGGGACCACCUGUGCGCCGGCAGCAGCUCCGACGAGGACGACUGCCGCAGGUCCAACGGCUCGCUGAACAGAUUCCAGUCCGGGGUGGCGGACGGCGCGCAAAAUGGCCACCAGAGGAGCAGCAAUUUGUGCAGCCGGAGGACCCGCGCCGCACGGACGGAGCGUUACAUCAAGCGCCUGUCGCGGGACGAGGGCAACGGCAGCGGCGACGCUCUGAACGACCCGCAGGUCGCGCACGGCGGGAGGUGUUCCUGGGACCAUCGCAACGAGGACAAGGAACGCGCCGUUCACGCGGCGGAUCAUUCGCCGAACGGCCUGUGCCGCCCGCCCUUGCAUCCCCGCCGUUCGACGGCCUCGGGAACGAGCGGUCGCGCGUUCCCGGUACAAAGAUCGUCCGCGGAGUGCCUGCGCGGAGACCCGGAUUUCCCGCAGCAGCCCGAGGUCCCGGGCGACGUCCGGAGAUACUCCACGGGGCAGUAUAUCACGGAUUUAAAUCAGAACAACACGUACGGGAAGAACUCGCGGCACUUCAGCGACGACGUCUGCGCGGUGGACAACGGCCAGAGCCGAGUGGUCGGCAACUUCUUCACAUAUCCCGCGAAAAACGCGUGCCAUCACGCGGUCGAGCAGUUCGAUCGCCGACUGAUCGACCAUCCGGACAAUCAGCCACCCGUGCCACCGCCGAGGGACCCUCGCUACCGCGCGUUCGGAUACAGUUCCUAUCCGAUCAACAGACCACACCAAAAUGUGCCAAAUUACCUUAAGCAGGAGGACAAUAGGACGGUCCACGUUGCAGGCGGAGCAACGAGACCCGGGGAUUGGAGGAACCCUCGAUCGGGGAUCGAGGAACGACACGGAUCGAGCAACGAGAUCGCCUGGCGCGACACGAACGUGGGACGCGAGUUUGGAAACUCGACGCCGAAUCCCAAAACGGAGUUUUACAGUUCGCUGGAGCGCAUAAACAAUAAAUAUAACUCGAGCCAUCACUGCGCGAGCGAGCUGCCGGCCUACGGGGAGACGACGAGGCGUAGAAACGUUCGCGACGACGAUCAGCUGAAUCGCAACGGCGACGCGGGCCACCGCGUGUAUCGGGAUGCCAAAAAUAAAUCGGCGCACAUCUGCGAAACGGAUAAACAACAACACGAGGCUAUUUCCUCGCGCGCGUCCGACUGGUCAUCUGGAAGAUCCGGCGAGCAGCGCGCGUUGCGUGCCGUCACCCCGUCGACGUACGACAAGGGGAGCCAACAGCGGGAGGACAACAGCAGAGGGGUGACACCGAGCGAGGAGACUCUGGAGAGACGGAGGAGCUCGAAGAACCUCGAGGAGGCCCUGUCCGAGCUGGAGGCGAUAUACAACAGCCUGCGUCUCGGCGACGAGGAUCUGCUGGACCGCGCGGAGCGCCGGAGCAUGGAGGAGUUCACUCGGAAGCGGGCCAGAAACGAGCUGGACGCGGCGACGACGGCCACCUCGCCGGACUCGCCGGACAGGAUGAAGGACGACAUGGCCUACCGUAGAAUGAAUCCCAAGGAGCGACCUACGUCCCUCUUGGACGUCGCCGGGCAGUCGACCCUCUCCAGCAUCAGCUACCUCAUCGCUUCGCCCGUUCUCUCGCGUCGCGACUCGGCGGACGAGCUUGUGCGCCUGCCGCCGCCGCCGUCGUCGGCCGUCUAUCCCCGGGACGAGCCGGACGUGACGCGCGACGACGUCGUCUACCGCAGCAUCAGCCACGCCAACAACACCCUGCGGAUCGUCGAUCCGCAGCCGCCGUUCGGCAUACCGCUCGGACCGGUCACCGCGGCGACCGAGAGCGACUACCUGCACACGACGCCGACGAGGACGGAGCAGCCGCGCUCGCCGUACAUACCGCAAUGCGAGCCGGACGUGGUCACGGACGAUCUCGCCUACAGAGCCCUCAGGAAGGACGCGGUGGGUAGAAGCGCCGCGGUCGACGAAGCGAGAUCCCCGAGGAAGGAGCAGCCGGAGGAGGUUGUCACCGCGGGGGGCAUCGGGAAGAAGCGCGCCGUCAGGUCGUUGUCGGCGAAUCUCUACGGGCUGAUCAACCACGACCGGAUCCACCUGCGACGCGAGCCCAGCCUCGACACCGUCAGGGACGAGAUUCGGGACGUCACGAGGACGCUGGCCGUGCGACCGCAGUACCUCAGGCGCGUCGUGAGCGACGGCGAGCUGUCCGACAACGACGCGCACAGGUGGAAGGAUGAGCUGGCGAUUAAGGGCGACAUGGAUAUCAAUGGCAAUCAUCCGGCGGCGGGGGCGUACCGGAAGAAGCCUACGUGCACCUAUGUGUCGCCGGAAACGACGACGACGAUGAGUCCCGCGCGCGAGAGUCCCAAGAAGGAGAGGGAGUCUGACGCCGUGCUGUCUUCGAAGGCCGUCCUGAGCGACAAUUUCUGGCACGAGUACCUGCACCCGACGGAUUCCGACGUUUCGGCGGCCAGGAACGACGGGCGCGACACGGACACGGACGGUUUCGCCGCGUACACUCGCCUCUGCCAAGAUUUAGUUAAUCUGAUAAAAGGAGACGAUGAUGACGCAAACGCGGACGGUCCCGUUAUCGCCGCUGCUGAUAAUAAGUGCGACCUCGGCGUCGAACUCCUCGGGGUCGACGAACCUCCUCUUCCCUCUCCUCCUCCUCCUCCAGCCCCUCCUCCAGCGAGCGUCGAGCGUACGCGUUCUCUGAGCAGUCACUCGGGGAGAGACAGCGAGAAGACGGCGAGCCCGACCGCCGGUUCAACGAGUUCCUCGAGGUCUUCGUCGGAUUCGACCCCGGCAGCUCCUAGCUACGACUACUAUCUUCGCGUGGCGGACGAGAACGUCAAACUGAUCGCGGAGGCCUUCAGCAACGUGGCCGACCGUCUGCGCGACAGUCGUCUGUCCACCCGCAAGAGCUCCUCGGUGUCGCGCAGCUCCGAGGUCGAGGACCAAAGUGGCAGCGCCCAUAGCAGCUCCACGCCGUACUCCAGCCAGGACAAGGAGCCUACCAGGAGGCUCGAGGGGACCGUCCCAAGUGUCGUAGCUCCGACGCGCGAUUCCACGACGAGCAGCAACCACCCCGAGGAGGACGACGCCUCCAGCGCUGACGCGGACCUGUCCAGGGCUGUCCGCGACCUGCAACUGGCCGCGGCCAGUCUCUACGAGCACGAACGGGAGAUCGAGGCACUGAGCACCAGACGCGGGAGGCUCAUCCGCGGCGCAAAGCCCGACGUAAACACUGCCGUCCCCCCCGGCGUCGCCCCCGUGACCAGCGCGGACGAGCGCGAGGACGAUCUCGCGAUCCGCAAGAUCGGCCUGAUCGCCGACGGCCUGAGGCAGGAGGAGCGGGAACGCGAUCAGGAGGAAACGAUGGUACUGCCUAGCGGGAUCGUGAUGGAAGCGCGAGGAGGCGGAAGCGCGCGAAGCGGGGGCAGCCGCGAAGGUCUCCAGGCGCUCGCUCGUUUGCAGUGACACGAGAUCGCAUUCGAGAUCCGCUCACUCGGGCUCGACGUGGUCGGCGUCGAUAGAGCGACACACGGGGCGGAUUGAUUUUUUUGUAAGAAACGAGAAAUGUAGGGGGAGAAAGGGAGAAAGAGAGAGAAAGAGCGAGGGCUGCAGUUGCCGCGGGCUGUUUGAGGCGUAUUGACUUGUUGUUGUUGCUCUUGUUAUACUGUGUUGUUGGUUUUAAUAAAGUUUAAAUGUUAAUCCUGCCAGUAA